GCAGAAAGGCUAAUUGUAAUUUAGUUUCAGCAAUUUCAUGGAAUGUCUAAUAGUGACAUGAUGGGCUAUGAAGUGUGAUUCAGAAACGGCGCAAAAGACAACCACUGAAAACAUAAGCAAAACCGUCCCCUUUCCAAGAGGAGAGCACAAAAGUGGCAAGUGGGGUUGGUGUGAAAACCAGCACUCAGCUGCGGCCCCUGUGUAAUGGGCUUCUCAGUCCUAAUGUCACUGCUCCCUGUCACUUUGGAUCUCUGGUAGCUUCCAGUACUGGGCUGGUGGUCAUUCGAUGCUUCGCAUGGGGGUUUAUUCUUUUGGCCCACGGAAUGUUGUAGUUUGCCACUGCACUGUGUGUGCCACUCCAUGGAUUAGGCAUGCCCCCUAAGCAGCGACUAGCUGCCCCCAGUAGAAAACUUGGCUAGAUUAUAGUGUCAGAUGUAGCCAAAAUGGCACAUCAGUCAAGAAGCAAAUAAUAAAAGUUGCAAAGUGGCAAUGGCACCUACCUAGAAGAGUGUGCACACUCACUUGCAACACAGACGAUGAAUCUUCGCAAAAGGGAGGGACAGUUAGAAGACAAAAACGAGUGUCUGGGGCUCCCGCUACAGUACUGUAAUGUAUGUACAGUACGGUAGAAUAGCUAUUAGCUUUCGUCGGGUUCUUUUUAUCUUCCGCUGUAACAUACAAGGAUUUCUACAUUUCUGCUUUCUCUGGAGUGGAGUCUUUUUCAUCUUGGAUUUUCCCCCUUGUCGAGCCAAGCAAGGCACCAGCACACAGAAGUGAGAGAGUUGCGACCUUCAGCCAUUGCUUCUCGAAAGCCGUUCCAAAAGCCUCCGAGCUGGCACAUCCAGAGACGCGGAGUAUCAACUGGCAACUCCUUGGGGAUCGGGGUUUGUUGUCGCCUGUUGCCUUCAAUUUGAGCUCAUGUUGCACUUGCGGGUGGCAGCAUUCUUAUCCCUACGCUAGCUAGCUAGUAUCUCAGCGGCUAUCUCAGCCAUCGUCAGGAAGCAACCCAACCAUGCAAUCAAGCUCAAGCCGCACCUGUAACAGUUUGGGGGGCGAAGCCUUGCUACCGGUACUGUAACACAACAUGGCGAGGCAGCUUCUGAGCCCUUCUGGUUGACGACGUUCAACUGAAUCUUCAAUCUGGAACCAAAGACUUCCACCCACUACUAGUAUGCAUACUCUGAGUAAUUGUAAGACCUCUACUAGCUAGCUCUAGCUAGUAGUGGGAGCAAUACUGUACGGUAGUAGAUAGUUGUAGCCAGUAGUAGUGGAGAGGCCUUCUGGUGUUGGUGUGGCCUGAUAACACAUACGGUAUACAUGAACAAGGCAUGCUGAAAGAUCAGCACUUUGACCUGACUCAUAACCGGUUUGGUUGCUUGACGUCACUGAAGGUGUCUGUAGUAGAAGAAGCGGUAUAAAUAUUCAGUAAAAUACAAUGUUUUACCCCAUCCUGGUUCAUGGGUAGUCCACUCAAGCAAGGGGGUACGUAUGUGUUUCUCGGGAUUGCCUCCAUCCUGCUAUCGCUGGCCAGAUUCAUUACGGGGCAAGGUGGCUGGCCCCUCGUUUGAUGGGGGAGCUUGCUUGAUGUCAUCCGUCUCCGAGGUACUGCUAACAAAAAAGUAGCAUUUGUGACAGUGCCAAAGUUGACAUGGUAUCCUUUCCGAGACACGAUGAUUGGUAGGAAGAGUCGAGCAGAUUUAUGCGAUUAUUAGAGCCAGCGGAAAGGCAAGAACAUCAAUCCAUCAAAGAGUGUUGGUGCGAUCAUGGCAACACCAACAGGGCCUGAUGGAGAUCUUGAUGGCAUGUGGAAUGAGGCAACACAGGGGAUAGCCAAUAUUGAUCCGGCGGCAGAGAACUGGAAGAUACAGUCACUGCCUCUGGCGCGUGUCAAGAAGAUAAUGAAGAGUGAAGAGAUAAUAAUGCAGGAGCUGGAGCGAGAACGACUGCGGCGCGAGAGGGCUGAAGGCGCCCCAGAAAACCAAGAGAGAACCAACAUCAAGUUCAUGAUAUCUGGAGAAGCCCCCGUGUUGAUGAGUAAGGCAUGUGAGUUACUGAUCAAGGAUCUUUCGUUUCGAGCAUGGCAACAUACCGAGAGGAAUCGAAGAAGAACACUCCAGAGACAGGACUUGCAUGCAGCUGUAGGGGAGAGCGAAGUCUAUGACUUCCUGAUUGAUAUUGUACCUAGGGUCACACCAGGGCAGAACGCUCCUGCCAAUCUGCCUCAGUCUCAUGUUCCAGCUCCGGCUCCAACCACAACAACUAUGACUGGACCUGACAUGUCCAUGAUGCAGGCUGCCAUGCAGCAAGCACCAGCCUUUCAGGUCCCGCAGAUACCACAAAUGCAUCCGACGAUGAAUCAACCCACCAUACAGCAGACAGCUCAGGCUAUGGCAGCUUCAGUUCCCGUUGGCGCCCCACAGCCCGCAGCAGCGCCACAGGCACAAGCGCCACCACCACAUACUGUUUCCGUCAUGCUCGAUUCAUCACCUGCUAGUGCAACCCCAGCUGCUCCCGCUGGCGUGAUUCAUUAUGCUCAGUCUCCACAUGCUGCUUCAGCAGCUGAUGCGCUCCAUCAUCUAGUACAAUGGGAUCCUUCUCAGUUGACAUUCCAGCCGGUUCCACCUCCAGAUCCACCCGAAACUCAGGUACAAACACAUCACGUCUCCACUGCCAAUCCAGUGCCUGUAGCUGCCCCGGUUCCCGUGGGGGCUCCUGUUCCGGUUGGGGCUCCAUAUACCGUAGGCACAAAUAUUGCAGUGCAACCUCCUGCCCCUCCAGCUGCUGCUCCCCUACAGCAGCCCCCUCCCCCACGUCAUAUUCAACAGCAUCAUCAACAACCAAUUCAAAACACAAUGCAGCAAUCUAUACAACACACGAUGCACCACCAUGGGCAACCUCUGCAGGCUCCUCCACAUCAGCAACUGCAACAGCCGCAGCCACCGGCUCCGGCACCCGCGCAACAACAGCAACAACCAUCGCAUCAACAACUCCAGGCACAUCAGUAUCAACAACAUCAGGCACAUCAGCAUCAACAACCAUCGCAUCAGCAAGCACAUCAACAGCCUCAGGCACACCAGCAACAGCAGCAACAAGCACAUCAACAACAACAGCCACAGCCACAUCAGCAACAACAACAAAUGGAACAAGUACAACAAACUACGAACCAUCAGCAAUGGAUGGAUCCAGCUACAAUCGCUGCCAUGGGAACACCACCCCCUUCCGCCCAGCAGGCUCCGGGGGUUCAGCGGUAAUGGACGCCUGCUGCAUCGGCCGAAGAGGUCAUAUCGCUAGUCAAAUAGCUAGCUAGCUACCGUAGCCAUGACACGGACGCGUUCGAUCAUGGCAGUUUGGGGGUUCGCCAAGAGUAUGAAACAAGAAUGAUAGAAGCCGCUCUGACCUAGACAAGAAACCUACCUUAGGGUUCUUCUGCUAAAGAGCGUUUGGGAUAUAAACAUCAAUGCUAACACUAAAACCUCCUAAACUUCGCUAUAUCUAAUCCUAUACAGUUAAAUGUUUG